AUGCAGCUCUUAGCCAUUAUGAUCGACUUCUGUCGAUGGGUGAAAACACAAGCAGUCAAUUUGAAUGUAUUCGAAAGCGAGGCAUCACGUACAAAUGCUUUUCAUUGGCAGACUGCAAUCGUCACAACUCGUGUCUAUUUAUUAAUGCUCGUAUUAGCCAUCAUAAUUUUAAUUACUUUUACUUCAUUACAAAAUCAUACUGAAACUGUAAGUGUAUUGAAUCCGUCUGAAAUUAUCUAUGAUGAUUUAUAUACACAAUAUCCGACAACAAUUCAAUGUCCUUGCAAACAUAUUUCAGUGUAUUAUCGAUUAUUCACGUCCAUAUUAGUUCGAUAUCAUCCUAUAUGUUCUAGUUCAUUCAUAUCUGAUAGAUGGAUUAAUAUUCUUUUCAAUGCAAAUAUAAGCUUUUUCUAUCCCAUUGAUUUUCGAUCAUCAGCUACAGGUCAAUUUCAACUACUUGCAUCGCUUUGUUCACUUGUUUUGACAUCAGUAUCGGAUGCUAUUGAUGACUUUCUUUCGGCUAAUUUUUUAACACCCUAUAUUUUCUCACGUUUGCAAUUCGAUGAACAAAUUCAAGCACAAAGUUUAUUUGUACAAAUAUCAACAGAAAAUAUUUUCCAAAAUCUACUUCAUCUCCUACGUUCGACUACUUACAGUAAUCGAUUACAAACUGCAUUACAAACAUCUCGAUCACAUUUCUUUGAAUUCAAUGUUGAUAAUACAGCAUCUGUAUUUUCAUAUGGUCCGAGUUUUAUUGAUUUUAGAAACCAAUUUUGUUAUUGUAAUCUUAGAGCAACAUGCUUCUUAUCCUCUACUUUUUAUAUUCCUGCUGCUUACGCCAUUCCUAAUUAUGGCGCGUAUAGACAGGCUAAACUACCCAUGGCUAAUGUGACAGGUUUUGUAGUUGGAUGUUAUCCUAUUGAAUCAGUUCUUCGAUCAACACUCGAAUGUUUCUUUGAUUCAUCGUGUUUAAAUAGAGUGCUACAGUUCUUUUCUUUAUCCAUCAAUAGCACUUUUCAUUGUUUAAAUAAUAGUCAAACACGAUUUCAUCCACAAGAUUCUAUCGAAAGAUUAGUCGAUGAAUUAUUUGUUGAAAAUUGGACAACAAUAAAUUCUUUUUCAUUAUAUUAUGCACAAUGUGAGCCCAUUUCAUGUACGUAUACUUUCACAAGACGUAAUGAUGCAUUGUACGUAAUAACGAAAUUGUUGAGUCUCUAUGGUGGUCUCACUGUUGUUCUUCGUCUUCUUGCAUCGCAUACGAUUGGUUGGUGGCGUAAACGUAGUUAUCAACCGAGCCAUCUGAUCAAUGUUAAUGCAAGCAGAUCUCUCACUGAACAUAUUCAUACACUAUGGUCAUGGAUACGAAUACAGAUAAUUGAAUUUAAUUUAUUCAAGACUCCUGCAACAUUUCAUGAUCCAUAUGAAUUGACUUCAUCAAGAAUAACGACUCGUAUUUAUCUUCUUGUUCUCUUUCUAUCGAGUACAAUUCUUGUCAUAUAUACAGGAUCGAAUGUUGACAAACGUAUUAUAAAUAUAAAAAAUCCUUCAAAAAUAGUUUAUGAAAAUUUAUUUAAAAAAUUCCCAUUAACAUUGAAAUGUCCAUGUAAUCAAAUAGUUAUACCCUAUGGAUCAUUUAUAUCAUUUUCACCUGAAUAUCAUCCGGUAUGUUCAAGUUUAUUUGUAUCCGAUGAAUGGAUUCUUUCAACACGAGGAAGAUAUCCACUUGCUAUAUACCCUACCGUAAAAUUUGAAGAAUCUGCUCCAUAUUUUUUUAAUACAUUAGCUACAUUAUGUUCAUUAAUACAAAACACAUUGUCUAAUGCAUGGCAAAUUUUUAAUCGAUCAUCACUGAUUACUGCUCAAACAUUGUCCUAUGAAGAAUUAAUCGAUCGAUCCAAUGCAACAUUACAGCAAUUUAUUCUAAAUACAGUAGCUAAAUUUACACGUAUUCGACGAUUAAUUUCAAUACAUAGUCAUAGUAUGUUCUUAGCAAAUUAUAAUACACAAUUUUCAAUUCCACAUGUAAAUAAUAACGAUACACAUAUCGAAUUUUCUUCAUUACCAAUGAUUAUCGACAAUUGUUCAUGUGUAAUUAAUAAUGAAUGCAAAAAAUCGAUUGGUUUAUAUUCCUAUGAUGAUCAACAACUCAUAUUUGAAAUACCAAAUUUAUAUAUUAGUUGUUCAAUCAUUCAAGGUGUUCUAGAAUCAUCACUUGAAUGUUUUUUUAGUCAAUCCUGUUUAGAUAUUGUUCAAUGGUAUAUUAUAUCAACAGAAUCUAUUGAAAUACCUAUUCUAAAUGCAAGUAAUACUCGUUUUUUACCUGAAACACCUAUUAGCGUAUUACUUGAUUCAUUUAUGAUCGAACAAUGGGGUCAUCAUAUUCAAUACGAUCAAUAUUUUAAUCAAUGUGCAACAAAAUUGUGUUCAUAUACACUUAUAUCGCGUCCACAUUCGUUAUACGUGAUCACAGUAUUAGUUAGCUUAUUCUGUGGACUCUCCAUUGCAUGGAGAAUAAUAUUGCUGAUCAUUAUUCGAUUUUUACGGAAUCUUAUGCGACCGAAAAUCUUACCUACAACUGACACAUUAACAAGUCGUCAUGUGCGAUUCAUCAAUCAUAUAAGAUAUGUAUGGCAAUCAUUGAUGAAUAAGUUAUUAAAAUUCAAUGUAUUCGAAAAUGAAGCUACAUGGAAUAAUGAAUGUCAUCUUCGCACAGAAAUUCUUGCGACUCGUAUUUAUAUUCUUUGUCUUGGUAUUUCAAUAAGUAUUCUAAUCGUUUAUACAUUAUUAAUUAUUCAAACACAUUUGAUUAUCAUCAAUAAUCCAUCUUUAAUAGAAUUUGAAGAUUUACAAAAGAAUUCAAAAUAUUCUUCUACAUUAAAUUGUCCAUGUCAAAAUAUUUCUAUUGAAUAUAAAUCCUUUAUUAAAAUAAAAGUGAAUUAUCAUCAAUUUUGUUCGAGUGAUUUUAUUUUAAAUUCAUCAAUAUGGCUUAAUCAAAUUUAUUUUUCUCAAGCUACUCUUAUUUACUCCUAUAUCGAUUAUCGAUUAUUUAUUGUAUCUCAAUUUCGAUGGCUUAUUUCAUUAUGUACGUUAGCCAAUGAUACAUUAUCCGAUGAAUUAAUCUAUUUUUAUUCAAAUACAUUCGUUAGUAAAAAUUUACAACCACGUGAAAGUAUUGAACAACGAGCUAAUGCUACGAUGGUUCAAUUUCGUAUAUCAACACCACGAACAUUUUUACGUAUACUUGAUUCUAUUCGAUCGAUAGCACAAGGUAAUGGUAUUGUUUCAUCGACAAUGUCGAAUUGGUAUUUUUUUGCAUUAAAUCGAAAUAUUGAAUAUGACUCAAUCUGGAGUCAAUCACGAUUCUAUGGUAAAUAUAAUGAUUGUUCUUGUGCUACAAAUGCAAUGUGUACAUCACAGGCUACUAUUAAUGGAUCUAUUGUGCCGGGUUUCCGUGUUGGUUGCUAUGCACUUGAAGCUCUUCUUCAAUCGACUCUUGAAUGUCUUUAUAAUAUAACAUGUAUUAAUGUACUAAAAAAUAUGUAUUAUUUUUCAAACAUUACUUUUCGACCACUUGAUCUUCUAGUUUCUUCACCUAAUGACACCGUUCAAACAUUAAUCAAGAAAUUAAUGAUUGUUCAAUGGGAAACAAAUAUUAAUUAUGAUCAAUAUUAUUCAUCAUGUGCACCACUGCAAUGUAUUUAUUUUAUUUACGAACGAAUCAGUCUAAUGUAUAGUAUAACAACUAUUGUUGGACUAUUCGGAGGCUUGACAGUUUUACUGAAAAUAUUUGCUCCUAUCUUGGCAAAAAUCUUACGAAAAAUCCAAAUUUAUCAUCGUCAACAACAUAUAGUGAUGGCAAUGGCUAUAUUCGAAGAACAACAACAGCAAAAUAAUAACGACUGA